UUAUAAAUGAAGAGAUGAUCAGAAUAGGAAAGACAGGGUUUUCUGUGACUUUAGACACUUGUGUUACUGAAAUACAGAAAGAUGAUGAGAUACUGUGGAUGUUUGGAGAUAUGACUAUAGCUGAAUAUACUGGAGGCACUGAUGAAUCUACAUUAUAUGACACUGAUGAGAGAUUUAAAGACAGACUGGAGAUGAACCAUCAGACCGGAGAUCUCACCAUCAGAGCCUUCAGAUCUGAAUACACUGGAGAAUAUAAAGUACAGAUCAAGAACAGCAGCGGAAACAAAGAGAAAAAAUUCAUUGUUGCUUACUAUGUGCGACCUACGAUGGGAUCUGUUAUUCUAAGCACUAAAGUUAAAAUAGAGGAAGGUGAUGAGGUGACGUGGACCUCAAAAGAUAAAAUCACUCUUGUAACUGGAAUGAAUGGAGAAGACAGCAAGACUUCAUAUACAGAUGAUGAGAGAUUCAGAGACAGACUGAAGAUGAACGCUCAGACUGGAGAUCUCACCAUCAGAGAUAUCAGACAGACAGAUGAAGGAGUUUAUACACUAAAGCUGAUCAAAGCUGAUGGAAAAAUCACAUACAGAAUAUUUAAUGUUGAAGUCACUGAGACGAUCAGAAAAGGAAAGUUAAAGAAAUCGGUCCCUUUACACACAAAAACACAGAGAGAUGAUGAGAUUGGAGAUACAACGUCGAUGUUGGAAGAUGUUGGAAGUACUGAUAAACCUACAUUAUAUAAAACUGAUAAGAGCUUUAAAGACAGACUGAAGAUGAACAGUGUUUAUAAAGAUUCAGCAGAUGUCAGUGAUGAAUCAGUGACGGUUAAGAUGCCUUUACUGAACAAAGACUCGGUCUCGACUCGGACUCAACUGUAUUUCAAAACCAACGGACUCGGUCUCGACUCGGUCUCGAACCUUCAAAGACUCAGUCUUGACUUGGACUCGGCUUAG